CAUUUUCUCAGACUCCAGGGGUGUAGUUUAGGGUGGUGGAAGAUUAUGGAGGGUGUUGAGACGUGGAGAACUCCACUAUGCAUUUCAUUGAGUGUUCAAAGGGGAUAUUUUGUCUUCCUUUUGUAUUUUAGGGUGUUUACACGUGGUGCAGCUUGAAUGUGCGUUAAGAGGUUUGAUCGGAAGGGCUGAAUAACAGAAGCAAGCAUGGACGGAGCGUGGGGUGUUAUUCUCAUAUCUCUGGCAAUGUUCGUGGGAUGUUUCGUGCUCGGGAUAAUUCCACUAUUGAUCAAUUUAUCAGAGCACAAGCUGCAGUUGAUUACUGUGUUGGGGGCGGGGCUUCUAUGUGGCACUGCCCUGUCAAUCAUCAUCCCAGAGGGGGUGGAGUUAGUGCAGGAGUCAUGGAAAGACUGGUAUUGCUCCUCUAUGGAAUGGAAUCAAAAUAUAUCUGGAUCAAAUUCAACACUUCAUCUAGUCGAAAAAAAAGGUCUGCGUCCUCAUUUCUUCAUAGGAGUCUCUCUCGUCUUGGGCUUUACGCUCAUGUUUGUGGUGGAUCAGAUUGCCAACUACUGCUCCAUGAACGAUCCCCGAGUGCGCAUGCACAGUGGCAACAGUGUUACUGCCACCCUGGGUCUGCUUAUUCACGCCGCAGCUGAUGGUGUGGCUUUGGGUGCAGCUGCCGCCUCAUCACAGGUGUCUGUGCAGGUUGUCGUGUUUUUUGCUGUCAUUUUGCACAAGGCUCCAGCUGCGUUCGGUCUCGUGUCUUUCCUCAUGCACGCAGGUCUGGAGAGGAAGACUAUUCAGACGCAUUUACUGGCAUUUUCUGCUGCUGCGCCACUGAUGGCCAUCAGCACUUACUUCAUCCUUAGUGCGUCUAAUGGCUCGUCCCAGAGCCGUCUGAGCACUACAGGCAUUGGAAUGCUGUUCUCAGCUGGGACUUUCUUGUAUGUGGCCACAGUUCAUGUUCUGCCUGAAAUCAACAGCAGAGGACAGCAGAGCUCCACUCACCUCUACCAUCACGCGGGAUCUGGAUCCUACCAGCACCAGGGCGGUCUGGGCAUCACAGAGAGCCUCACUCUCAUCCUGGGGAUGGGACUGCCCGUGCUGUUGGCCCUCGGACUGCCAGAUGAUUAAUCUGUAAAAACAAUCCAACAGCCAGAUAUGUGACGUGUAAUGAUU